AUGGCCAUCGCUUUCAAGGUCCCUCGGCUUAUGAGCCCCUUCUACGUCUUUAUCAUCAUCUGUACCCUUAUCCCCAUCGCCUACAGCGCCGGAGAUUACUGGUUCACCUGGCAGCUGAAGAUCAAGAACAAUUACGUCUACGGCCAGCGUGAUUUCUAUGUCCUCGGUGCCUGCAUUGCUCCUUCUGUCCUCGGCCACAUUGCCACGAUCUGGGGUCAUUACUACCGUGCCGAGCGCGAGUUCCAGCACAGCAUUGCUAAGGUCACCACUCCCGCUUCGGUCAACCAAAAGAUCUCGCUAUGGGAGCGUCACAUCUGGUGGGGUUACACCGUCAAGUACUGGAUCAUGGUUGCCUUCACUGUUUUGUUGAACGUUGCCUGGUUUGUUACCCCCAUGGUCACCGGUACUGCUCGUAUGAUUGAGCGUUUCGGAAACCUCGGAGGCAUUGCUCGCAUGGUCGGUAAUGCCAGCGGUUACUGUGUUGUUGCUUGCUGUGGCAUGAUCCUUUUCCUUGUCCUUCGUCGCUCGAUGCUCCACGCCAUCGGCUUCACCUACUCUGAGAUCGUGCCUUUGCACAGAUGGUUGGGUGCUGCCAUUGUCGGUUGGUCCACCAUCCACACUGCUGGUUACAUGAUCUUCUUGGGUUCCGAGGGUCGUCUCCAGUCUGACAUCAACUUUUUUGAUUUGUCGCGUGGUACCCUUAACAUGAUGGGAGUCUUUGCCUACGGUGCUGUCUGUCUCCUUGGUCUUGGUGCCAUCCCCCAGAUCCGUAGACGCUGCUACUUGCUCUUCAUAAGCACUCAUCGCUUCUUCACUGCCGUCUUCUUCAUCGGCAUGAUUACUCACUUCCCCAACCCCAUGCUCUGGUACUACCUUCUGCCCACCAUCGUCCUCUUCCUUGUCGAUCGCUUCGUCCCCAAGGUCAUGCAGGCCCGCACCGUCCUCCCCGAGGCCACCUGCACCUUCAACUCGGACGCCGAUAUCAUCCGCAUGACCUUCACCUCGCCCGAGCCCAUGAAGCCCUACUACCCCGGUGAUUACAUCUCGGUCCAGAUUCCCAAGAUCGGUACUAUCUACCAUCCCUUCACCAUUGCCUCCUACUGGCCUGAGGACCCUUAUUCGAUGACCUUGUACAUCCGUACCUUUGAGGACUCGAAGCUCUCCUGGACCUGCAACUUGGCCAAGCUCUGCGGUAACGAAGAUAAACGCAUCCGUGUCCGUGCCAACGUCGAUGGUGUCUUUGGUGACCGUCGCCACGACUAUCUCAAGUCCGAGACCAUGAUUAUCUUUGUUGCCGGUGCUGCCAUUACCACCUUCAUGUCCUUGAUCAAGGCUAUCGCAGCCCAGAUUGCAGCUUCUGACGAGCCUCUCCGCAUGCAGUUGCACCUCAUUUGCACAUUCCGUACCCGCUCCGAGCUCCACGCCUAUGGUUCUUUCCUCCACCAGAUCACCCGCGACCCUCGCUUCACCAGCUGGUUGCAUGUUGAGAUCUUUGUUUCCCGCCCCGACAAGCCCCAGACUCUCUUGGGAGCUCACGCCCACGUUGUCAAGAACGAUAUCCAGGUCCCCAGCAAGUCCCAGAAAAAGGAGAAGAAGAAGCGCUUCAUGUCCUUCAAGCGUACCGGUACCAUGCUCAAGCGCGCCCUCUCUGGUCGCACCAUUGUUGCCGAAAACGAGAAGUCCACCGCUACAUCUCCUACUAUAUCUGACGUUGCUGGUGAGACUACCGCCAACAGCGUGAAUUCUUCUCUCCGCCGCUCGGGCUCUGUCCACACCGUUGUCGACUUGGAGGAUAUUGCUGAGGAGGCCACUGAGGGUUCCAGCUCCAGCAGCAACAGCUCCAUUACUAAGGAGAAGGCUGCUUUGGCUGCCAAGGAGCCCCUGUCUGCUAACGCCCCUACCCGUGCCAUGACCUACAACGACCAGCCCCUCCCCACCUUCCAGGCCUCGAACUCGACCUCAGUCGCGACCAAGUGGGCCAGGCUCGAUCUUUUGGUUACCUGCACCAUCCUUUUCAUCCCUCUUGCUGCCUGGUGUGUUGCCCGUAGUGUAUCCUGGGAGGGCCCCGACAACUGGUGCCCCACCACCAAGUUGCGUGGUACGAUUAUCAGUGCCAAGUGUCGUUGGACCUAUGCUCUCAUCCCCGGUGUCAUCCACAUCAUCAUUGCCUCGAUUGCCGGUUAUUUCGCUGUCUGGCUGGCCCGCACUGUCAUUCUCCGUCGCGGCCGCGAUGUCGAGACCGGUCUUCCCUAUCCCGAUUUCGACGCUGAGGAUGAGCGCCUUGCGAUUGAGGACGGUAACUGGGAUGAGGGUGAUGUUGUCUACUCCAAGGGUCGUCUUGAUGUCAAGAAGGCCAUCCAGGGCUUUGUCGAUGCCGGUGUGGGCAAGAAGGAGAACGGCCACGGUUUGGUUUCUGUCUUUGGAGGUGGACCUGAUGGUUUUGUUGCCAUGAUCGAGAAGCAUACCAAUGCUGCCAACUGGUCUGUUGACUUCCACCGCGAGACCUGGGCCCCUUAG